AUGCCUGUUUCCAUGGCAACCAAGCUAUGUGCCACAACAGCACCCGAAAUGGAUCCUGUAGCAAUCGAAAAAGAUGGCAACGAGAAAAAACAACAAGAACAAGAAUAUGAAAUGGAAUACCGGAAACAUGAAUGGCCAAGUCUUUAUAGCAACCCGGAUUUUCUAGUUCUCUAUGUCAGUGACGAUGGCAAUAUGACGUUGAUUCGACCGGCGGAUACACUUGAGCACCGUAAAGCUAUGGAGAAACAACAAGGCCAUUAUGCCUUAUCACAUCUAUGGGGGAAUGCAAAGGAUUACCCCUAUUGGGAGGUUGGUGACUUUAUUCAAGAUUGGGAUGGUGCACCUGUUGAACCUAUACCCAUGCGGCCUGAAAAACGCAACACGUUGUUGGCUCUUCUCAAGGCCUAUCCUGGAUAUUGGUGGAUUGAUGUACUGUGUGCACGCGUUGAUACCCCGCUUGUGAUCAUGGGAAGCAUCUAUCGAUCAUGCAAGACCUGCUUUGCUCUGCUUGAUUGCUCAAUCGAAACCAUCCAUCGCCUUUCCAAAAGACAUUUGCUGCCUACUAGAAACGAUAUCUUUACCACACUUUUGACGCUUUACAAGGCAAUGCUCAAAGCCGCCAAUGACGACCUUGAUGAAUCUUCAGCUUUCAAUCUCGUUUCACCAGCAGCAGGGGCCUAUUUGGAAAAGCUGAUGUCCUAUCAAGAUGAAAUACAAGCUAUGCGUGAUCUCUUGGGGUGCCGAUGGUUCAGCCGUAUUUGGACUUUGCAAGAGCUUGUGUUACCCACCAAGUUAGUUAUCCUUACGGAGUCCUACCAAGACAAUGAAGAUGUUGACAUUCACCAAGACCAAGCCGAGUUUGACAUCAUCAACGAUGUCAUAAAUGUAUUACAAAUCGAGGAAUUUGUGGAUUACUUGGAUGAUGCUACACGUAUGGUGUAUGAGAGAGAGCAUGUACCUAUGGUCGAAUGGUUGGCACAAAAGCGUGACUCAUGCUUGGAAGGACCUUACAUUUGCAGUGAGGACUUGACUAUGGUGGCCCGAUUGGAUCAAAUCCAAGACGUAUUUGAUAGUCUAGCAGGAUCACCUAGGACAUGCAUGGAUCCAUUGGAUUACGUCUAUGGUAUUCUUGGCCUACUCAAUCUGAACAUCCCGAGGUUAGAUAAUGCCGAUCAUCUAUGGAGGACCUUUUUGUCCCAGCUCGAGGAUCGCUUAGCGCAAAUGGUCAAUGAUAUCACUGCUGAGGAUGUCCAUGUCUCAUUUACCUUGUCAGCAUCGGCUCACGAUAUCAAGUUGAACGAAGCAAAGAACGUUUCAGAAGUUUACAACGGAUUACUAACACUCGACUUUGAUGAACGUGCCCUUGCUAUAGUAUUGAAAGAUUCUGAAAAGAGAGCUCGGAUGGCUCCUCACCCUGACAGUGUCGAGGAUCUUGCUAUCUCAAAUGAAUUAUGUGAUAUCAUUGAUAGCUUGAGUGAUGUUUUGACUAAGAAGGCUACUGUUGGAUAA